AUGCCAAAGGUGAUACCAGCCUCCAUUAUCCGAAAAAUGCAAUAUUUGGUUUUAAUAAAUCUAUCGUAUCGUAUUCUAUCUAUCUAUCUAUCUAUCUAUCUAUCUAUCUAUCUAUCUAUCUAUCUAUCUAUCUAUCCCAGCCUGUUCCCUCCCUCCCUAUCUAUCUAUCUAUCUAUCUAUCUAUCUAUCUAUCUAUCUACGCUAGAAUUUAGCAGAUCUACAGAAAUAAUAGAUAGAUGCGAGAUGAGUCAAUGGAAUAUGUUUGUCGGCAGCGACACUGUUUUCCUAUAUAACACUAUCUAUCUAUCUAUCUAUCUAUCUAUCUAUCUAUCUAUCUUUAUUUUUAUUGCUGGUAAUAUUUUCCAUCUAUCUAUCUAUCUAUCUAUCUAUCUAUCUAUCUAUCUAUCUGGGAACCAGCAGCAAGUUUUUUUCAUAUUCAUCUUCUCAACCUCAAAUAUCUAUCUAUCUAUCUAUCUAUCUAUCUAUCUAUCUAUCUAUCUAUCAUCUAUCUAUCUAUUUAUCUAG